UUAAAGAGAAACCGAGUCCAGCGUGAGAGAUUUGUUCCUGAUGGAUGCAACCGCUUGAUGCGGAUCCUCAGAGGAGAAAACGAGUUUGGAUCAACCCGGCAACAAACCAUCAGGCUGGAAAUCAUCUCAGCAGGCGAGCAAGAAGCGUGAUCUAUGCGUAAUUUGAAGAAGCCAGGGGAGUUUGUGCGUAAAAGUGCGCGCUUCUCCGCGGCGCACCACGCUCGCUUCCCGUACUAUCCUCAUCUUCAUCUUCAUCGGAUCUAGAGCUGAGCAGCAGCCGUCAAACAGUCUGAAAAUGGCUGUGCUCCGUCCCGCCCGGAGCAGCUCCGGACCGCGUCUGACGGGCUCAUUGUGCGUUUUGUUGCUCGUCUUCGUCUCCGCUGCCUCCGCGAGUCGUGAUGCUGUUGCGGGACACAACGAGACGUGGAGAAACCCUGCCCAGGUGACGGAGGAGGACUCCCAUCAUCAAAGUAACUCCACUGCUCCCAGGAAGGCUUUCCCCGUCCUCUCCUUCAACUACGACCACGUCAGGAAGCCCUUUGAGAUCUCUCUGUGGAUCCUCCUGGCCCUGCUGAUGAAACUUGGUUUUCACAUCAUUCCCAGAGUGUCGAACGUCGUCCCAGAGAGCUGUCUGCUGAUCGUCGUCGGCCUGCUGGUGGGGGGCAUCAUCAAAGCCAUCGGAGAAGAAGCCCCCGUCCUCGACUCUAAGCUCUUCUUCCUCUACCUGCUGCCCCCCAUCAUCCUCGAUGCCGGCUACUUCCUGCCCAUCCGGGCCUUCACAGAGAACAUGGGCACCAUCCUGGUGUUCGCGGUGGUGGGGACGCUGUGGAACGCCUUCUUCGUCGGCGGGAUGAUGUACGGCGUGUGUCAGAUUGAAGGGGCCAAGCUGGGCGGCGUGGACCUGCUGUCCUGCCUGCUGUUCGGCGCCAUCAUCUCGGCCGUGGACCCCGUGGCCGUCCUGGCCGUGUUCGAGGAGAUCCACAUCAACGAGCUGCUGCACAUCCUCGUGUUCGGGGAGUCGCUCCUCAAUGACGCCGUCACUGUGGUUCUGUAUCACCUGUUCGAGGAGUUCUCCCACGCAGGGACUGUGACUGUGGUCGACGCCGUCCUCGGCGUGGUCUGUUUCUUCGUGGUUUCGUUGGGAGGCAUCAUGGUGGGGGCCAUCUACGGCAUCCUGGGUGCCUUCACGUCCCGCUUCACCUCCCAUACCCGAGUCAUCGAGCCCCUGUUCGUUUUCCUCUACAGCUACAUGGCUUACCUCUCGGCUGAGGUCUUCCAUCUGUCGGGGAUCAUGUCGUUGAUAGCAUGUGGCGUUAUGAUGCGGCCAUACGUGGAGGCCAACAUUUCCCACAAGUCGUACACCACCAUCAAAUACUUCCUGAAGAUGUGGAGCAGCGUGAGCGAGACGCUCAUCUUCAUCUUCCUCGGUGUUUCCACUGUGGCCGGCCCUCAUGCCUGGAACUGGACCUUCGUCAUUUUCACUGUGAUCCUCUGCCUGGUGUCGAGAGUGCUGGGAGUCAUUGGGCUCACAUACAUCAUCAAUAAAUUCCGUAUCGUGAAGUUGACCAAAAAGGACCAGUUCAUCGUGGCCUACGGUGGCCUGCGAGGUGCCAUAGCCUUCUCACUGGGGUUCCUGCUGACCAACAACGAGAUGAAGAACAUGUUCCUUACCGCCAUCAUCACAGUCAUCUUCUUCACUGUCUUUGUGCAGGGAAUGACGAUCAGGCCUCUGGUGGAGCUUCUGGCAGUGAAGAAGAAGAAGGAGAACAAAGGAUCAAUUAAUGAGGAGAUUCACACACAGUUCCUGGAUCAUCUCCUCACAGGAAUUGAAUGCAUCUGCGGCCAUUAUGGACAUCAUCACUGGAAAGACAAGCUCAACCGCUUCAAUAAGACCUACGUGAAGAAGUGGCUGAUCGCGGGCGAACGCUCCACCGAGCCUCAGCUCAUCUCCUUCUACAACAAGAUGGAGAUGAAACAGGCCAUGAUGCUGGUGGAGAGCGGGAGCGCCGCCAAGCUGCCCACGAUUGUGUCGUCUGUGUCCAUGCAAAACAUUCAGCCCAGAGAGCCGGUCAGACGACGGGCGAUCCCGAGCAUCUCGAAAAGUCGCGAGCAAGAGAUCAGAAAGAUUCUGCGAAACAACCUGCAGAAGACCAGACAGAGGCUCCGAUCCUACAGCAGACACGACCUGAUGCUCGACCCGUUCGAGGACAACGUGAGCGAAGUUCACUUCAGGAAGCAGAGGGUGGAGAUGGAGAGGAGGAUGAGUCACUACCUCACAGUUCCUGCAAACCGCCAGGAGACGCCACCAGUAAGAAAAGUCUGCUUUGAAUCAGAACACCAGGUUUACACUUACGACAACAGCGAGAGCCCCAGAGGCCAAGCGGCUGAGCCAAAUCCCAGCCCUCCUGAUGCCGUCAGCCUGCUGAACGAGUCACCCCAGAGGCCCAGUCAGAGCAGCGCACAGAGAGCCAAAGGCGGCGCUGAGCUGAGGGUCAAGGUGCCGGACGAGCAGGAAGAGCAGGACCAGCUGAAACUAUCCCGCUGCCUUAGUGACCCCGGUCCAAACAAGGAAGAGGAAGGAGACGGCUCCUUCCUCUCAUAAGAAAGCACAUAUUUCUUGAAGGCAGAGGAUGAUUCAUGACCUCCUCGUGUCGUCUGCUGUAUUCAGUGAAUGGAGAGCUCUGAUGUCGUAGCAAAGCUUGAUAUUUAUUCAUUUAAAGUGUUGGAAGUAUUAUUCUUUUCCGUGUUCGUGUUCGAUCGUUCUUUUGCUCAGUAAAUUCAUAAGGAUUUUUGUCAUGUAACACGUUACCAAAGCAUACACCACUGGCCGUUUGCUAUUUCAGGAUUUUAUCACAGCCUGAAGUGAGCCAAGCAUCAGUUUUUUGUGUCUUAACAAGGAGAAUUGCCUCAAAUAGUGCAAAACAGACAGAGCGCUUGUUUUAACAAGCUUGAAGCACCAGACGGUCGGAGUUUACCCCCUCACAGCACAGUACGGGGAAUCUUUAAAGUAGAGCUCGACAGAUCUUGAUUGUCUCGGCUGAUAUUAGCCCAUCGCAGAUUUCUCAGUAUUAACAUACGUGUCGGCCAGUAAGAAACUGCAGUGCACCACGUUGGUCCAAAAUAUCUCAACAACUGUAUCAUGGAUUUUAGUGAAGUUUUGAGCAGACAUUCAUGGUUCCUAGAGGACGGAUGCUGAUUACUUUUCCUACAUCUGCCAGCAUGAGGUUGAAAUUUGUUUUUUUUUUUUUUUUUUGGUGAAAUACUGUAUCUCAACAACUAUUGCCAUGGAAUUUGAUCCAGACAUUCAUGUUCCCCCCAAAUGAAUUUUUAAUCUGGAGCCGUCAUCACCUUUUUUAUAGUUUGACCUGCAAAACUAAUUCCCAUCAGCCUCUGCUGCACUUUGUUCAGUGCUAAUCUGCAAAUGUUAGCAUGCUAACACACUGAACUAAGACGGCGAUGGCAAACAUGACAACGUGAGCAUGUUAGCGUUGUAUUUUUGAUUAAGAGCAUGUUAGCAUACUGAUGUUAGCAUUCCGCUCAAAGCACUGCUGUGCCUAUGAGCAGCCUCAGGACGGAGGGAUAAAAAAGCCAGCCGCCAUACAGAGCGGGGGGAUCGGAUGUUGUUCAAAUAUGAGGAUAACAAGCACAUUUGAAGACAGUCUCUUGUGGAAGGCAUUCAUAGUGGUUCACUUGGUUGCUCACGUGGAAGGUGAUAGAAAUUUGUGUGCAAAGAAUGAAAGGAGAGCGAGAGAGAAGCUCAGACCCAGUUUAUAUUCUGGCCUACAGCUGUCCGGUUACAGUGAGUCUGUUUCAGAAAGACACAGAUGGACACAGUCGGGUAGGAUUGUAUUGCAUCCCCCUUUGUGCAAUACUCAAAAUUCCUAAAAAAAAAAAAAAAAAGAAAGAAAAUUUGAGAGGAAGA